UUUUUUACACACUUCCCCUCUCUUACUCCAUCUUUUUCCUUUAGCAGACAUCUCUCUUCUACUCACUCAUUACCAUUCUCCAGUCCUCUCUAUUAUCUACCCCUUCUCCAUUCAUCCUCUCCACUCCCAAUAGAUACUUCACGAUAUAAACGAUUCACAACACUAUGUCUUUCUCUAUUGUUAAGCAGUCUGUUCUCGGCCUCUCACGCCCUGUUUUUAAAUACAGCAUCCCCACGAUUCCGGUCAUUGCUGCACGUACAUUCGCUACUGAGGCACCUACUCCUGUCAAGAAGUCCAAGACCUUCCAAAUCUAUAGAUGGAACCCUGAACAACCCGCUGAAAAGCCCAAGCUUCAGACAUAUGAGGUUGAUAUGAACAGCUGUGGUCCUAUGGUUCUUGAUGCCCUAAUCAAAAUCAAGAAUGAGAUUGAUCCCACUUUGACUUUCCGUCGCUCUUGCCGUGAGGGUAUUUGCGGCUCCUGUGCCAUGAACAUCGGUGGUCGCAACACACUCGCAUGUAUCUGCAAGAUCGAGGUUGAUGGCAAGCCCACUAAAAUCUAUCCUUUGCCUCACACCUACGUUAUCAAAGAUUUAAUUCCUGAUUUGACCCAAUUCUAUGCCCAGUACAAGUCCAUUGAGCCUUUCUUGAAGCAAAAGACUCCUGAGCUCGAGCGCGAGAACUUACAGUCCAUUGAAGACCGCAAGAAGUUGGAUGGUCUUUAUGAAUGUAUUCUCUGCGCCUGCUGCUCUACAUCCUGCCCCUCCUAUUGGUGGAACUCUGAUCAAUACCUUGGACCUGCCGUCUUGAUGCAGGCCUACCGCUGGAUGAUUGACAGCAGAGACCAGUUUGGCCCUGAACGUCGUCAAGCUCUUCAGAAUCCUUUCUCCCUGUACCGCUGUCACACCAUCAUGAACUGCGCCAAGACCUGCCCCAAGGGUCUCAAUCCUGGCCUUGCCAUUGCGCAGAUCAAGAAGGAAAUGGCCUUGGAGUAAAUAUUUCUUCAUCAGUAGUUAUUCCUUUUUCACGAUCAAACAUAUUACAUUCAACUUCUACUUCCCUUUACCGCAAUCUCCCAUCCAGUUCAGAUAUUGGUUUUAAUCCUGACUGAUCUGGAGGCAUAAUAAAUGAUGUUUUUUAUUCGUAUUCUUGUGUCAAGCUUGG